UCCUUUAUGUUGUUCCAUUCAGGUGUGGUGAAGUCAUUCAAUCAGGUGCUGAUGACACAGUGUUGUUUUUCAAGAGGCAGACCAGACAUGAAGUAUUAUGGCACAGGGGAAACGAUUCUUCAAAUUGAACCUUUGGUUUCCUUAUGCUAGGAAAUGCUAAUGAUUUAAAAGUUCAGUGAUAAAAAGAUACAGACACAUGCAGUAGCAGUAUUGUUUCCCCCCGGUCCACGGCAACGAUUUUAGAUAUUUUAGGCCUUCACGUGACACAAAAGGUGUUUAAACCCAAAUAUGUUUUGGUCCAAAAGAGAAGCUUUUAAAUGUUGACUAUAUUACCAAAUGUAUAUAUUAAAAGGAGUACUUUCCGUUCAUUAGACACUAAAGCUGAUUGUGUCUUGCCUUGCCCCGGACAAUCAAAAAGAUUGAUGAAAGGGCCAUGAAAAAAGACGCCCACCACAGUUGUGGAUCACAGUCUGACAGAAAUGUACUUGAGGUGCUGGGUUUCCCCAUGUUGACUAAUUUAAAGUUGUCUUCACGUCAUCAACUUGCUGAUGGACGCCUCUGCUGCGUGACAGACGGCAGGACGACACAAAAAGGACACGUCCAUUUGCAAAGGGCUUCCAGGAGUGGGAAGGUAAGGGCAUGGGGGGGAUGAGGGGAUGCGUCCUGUGUGUGCGUGGUGUUUAUUCAUCAUCCCACAGGCACAUGAGAAGCACAGAUAUAUAUAAGAUGCUGCACACCUGCGUAGCUCUAACAACUACAGACCUCGCCAGCUGACCUCAACCUCUUACCAAAGUUCAGGUGCCUUCGACUGACUCCUCAGCAUGUUGCUCAGGAGAAAGACCGAUGUCCAGGCGAGGUGCGGGCUGCCUGCAUCUCUGGCUCUCGUCCUUGUCCUCGUGCUCCUCCUGUUCUCCCCCUGCAGCCUCAGCGGCGCACACAGGACCACGGUGGAACAUGACUUUCACAUUGUGCACAACGUCGACAACAGAAGUCCAGAGAUCGACCCCUUCUGGUACGUGGGCCGCGGCGUCAGACCCAUCGGGCGCUUUGGGAAGCGACACAGCAGCGUUGAGGUAAUGGGUGAUGUGCCUGUUGUCAGGAUGCUGGAGCUGCUCUUCAACAGUCUACGGAACAAGGAGAACCUGGACAAAGUGCUGCAGGGAGAGGAUAGGGACUGGCUACCAUGACAACGUGCAUCGCUCCCUUACAUCAAAACCAAAAAACUCUUUGCUUUGCUUUUUACAACACUCUCAUUCUGUGUUUCUCUGGUGAGUGUUAAUAAAAUCAACCUGCAAAUGUGUUUGUGUACAUAUAAAAUGCAGUUAAGAUCGACAAAUAAAGAUUAAAUUAACAGU